UCUGAACGGCGCUGCGUAUGUCCCUUCCCGCCUGCCGUCGCAUUCGAGUUGCCAGGGCAACUGAUAACCGUGGAGCUCUAGUUGAGGACUGGCACCACGGGACUGGUCGGGCUUUUUGAUCUCUCCCGCAUCCUCCCAGCCAAAGAAGCGGGGAGUUCAGGAAAACGCGGUGCAGCCUAUUAAAAGACAAUGUCUAUUCCAUUCUCCAACACCACUCAACGCAUUCCUCGAGGAUUCGCAAAUCUGCUGGAAGGGCUUGCCAGAGAAGUUUUGAGGAACCAGCCACCAGACAUACCAUCCUUUGCCGCCAAGUAUUUCGAAAAUCUCCUAAUCGAAAGAGAAAAAACUGGAUUUGAUCCGACAGAAUGGGGAGCGAAACUAGAGGACAGAUACUACAACAACCGUGCUUUCAACGAACUUGCCCCUCCAGGAGGAAAGAGUCAGGCAGAGGAGAAGACAGAAGAAUCCGCUCAAUCAGAGGUAGCUGAGACAUCGGGUACCACAGAGGAAAAUGGCGUUAAAUUAACAGAAGAGCAAGCGGCGUUAAAAAUCCAGGCCAGCUUCCGGGGAUACAAAACGAGAAAAGAAAUAAACUGUCCCAAAGAAGCAAUAGCAGAGAAGGAAGAGCCAACAGAGCCUGAUAAAAAAGAGCCGGAGCAGGCACAGUAAUCCAGCACAGCGAUC